AUGGCAACACCGUUGCGUAGACCUGGUGAUGUCAAGGGGUUCUUGCUUCGUCAUUUAAGAUGGUGGGCUCGCAACUCCUCGGACAUUUUCCACUCAGAUGGUACCUUGAACUUGGGUUGGCUUUACCCCAACAUGUAUCUGACAGAAGACUACAACUCGCCGCAAUCUGUAUACUGGGCAUUAAAGUCUUUUGUGGCCAUCAUGCUACCAUCUGAUGAGCCAUUUUGGGCCGACGACGAGCAGCCAUACCCUCAGCUUGAUCCGACUCAAAUCGUGGCUUUGCUCCAUGCCCCGCGGCAGGUACUUUGCAAUCCUCCUAAAGGACAUCAUUUCCUCCUCUCCUCGGCUCAAUUCACCUCACUGUACUGGAAAGGUGCCGCUGCAAAGUACAGCAAAUUCGCCUACUCUUCUGCCUUUGGAUUCUCUGUUCCAACUGGACAGGCAACACUCCAACAACUGGCACCCGACAACAUGCUUGCUCUGAGUAGGGACGGUACACAAACCUGGGCUGUAAAGUGGAAAUGUCGCGAGCCUACAUUCGGAGUGCGCAGAGUCCACUCGAGUGUGAGCCAUAUGGCUGAGGAACUCCCAACGAUGCAGGUUGUCUGGUAUCCUUGGGACGAUCGCAGCGUCUCAGUCACCACGACGCUGAUACCACCUUCGAGAAGAUGGCCCGACUGGCAUAUUCGCGUGCAUCGUAUCCGGGUCGAAAGGGACGGUCUUGGGACUCUUUUUACCGCCGAGGGUGGAUUUGCGAUCAAUGGCGAGCUGAAGAGUUCCGGAAGAUGGCUGCAGACAAUCGACGCCAAUCCUUUAGAUCAUAUUGGCUACAAACAUGAUUUGCAGGGGCACAGAUCGGAUAUUGACUCUGCUGUCGUCUUCUCCGAUGCGAGAGUUUCAGGCAUCACGGGUUUGGUCUUAGAGAGCCCAAGUACUGCCAAUGUCAGACAGACAGCAUCGGUGUUGAAGCCCGAGGCGAACACCAACAUCAUGUCGCCUCGGUCACUUCUUCCAUUAGUGGAACAUGAAGUGACCAGUCUGAAACGGAGUGACGAACUUGUCUUGUGUACGCGAGUCUUUGCCGCUGUUGAUGCCGCAGUUCAGCCGCGCAAACCUAAUUGGCAUCGGUGGAAAUCCUGGCAAGAUCGCCCAAGCAUCGGGACAAGCCUGGGGGACUCAGGGGCCUUUCUUGAAUUGCCGUGA